AUGGAAGUAAAUUUAUUCAGCAAUUCUACUAUUGUAAACAGUUCAUCCAUCAACCAUAAGCAGUUAGAAGGGCAUAGCCUCUGGGAAGUCAUUACUAUUGCCACUGUAACUGCAAUUGUAAGCUUAAUAACCAUAGUGGGAAAUAUUCUUGUAAUGAUAUCCUUCAAGGUUAACAGUCAGCUCAAAACUGUCAACAAUUAUUACUUGCUCAGCCUUGCCUGUGCAGAUCUCAUCAUUGGAGUGUUUUCUAUGAACCUUUAUACAUCCUAUAUACUUAUAGGCCAUUGGUCUCUUGGAAGCCUUGCCUGUGACCUGUGGCUAGCACUGGACUAUGUAGCUAGCAAUGCCUCAGUAAUGAACCUCCUAGUCAUCAGUUUUGACAGGUACUUUUCCAUCACAAGGCCUUUAACUUACCGGGCCAAACGCACACCCAAAAGAGCUGGCAUCAUGAUUGGUCUGGCUUGGCUAAUUUCUUUCGUGUUGUGGGCACCCGUAAUCUUGUGCUGGCAGUAUUUUGUGGGUGAACGAACAGUACCACCUGAAGAGUGCCAGAUACAGUUUUUAUAUGAGCCCAUUAUCACCUUUGGUACUGCAAUUGCUGCUUUUUACAUUCCAGUGUCCGUGAUGACCAUUCUGUAUUGCCGCAUCUAUAAAGAGACAGAGAAACGUACCAAGGACCUUGCUGAACUGCAGGGUUCAGAGUCUGUGGCAGAGUUUGAGAUGAUAAAGCCUCAGAAAGCUCUCCUGAAGUCUUGCUUCAGUUGCAAGCAACAAAACUUAGUCAAAAGAGAGAGGUGUCAGGCUUCCUGGUCUUCCUCUAGUCGAAGUACGUCAGCUACGGUGAAAGCCUCUCAGGCAGCGAAUACUGGUAACGACUGGGCUAAGGCUGACCAGCUAACCACCUGCAGCAGCUAUGCAUCUUCAGAAGAGGAGGAUAAACUUGCCACUGAUUCAGUUUUCCAAGUAACUUACAAAAGUCCAUCUAAAGGUAAGGCAGAAGAGUUUAGUGAGAGUACAGAUGUUGUGAAAGAUCAACCUGAAGAAAAUGAUCUUGAGAACCAGAAAUACUUUUUGUCACCUGCCAAAGGCCACAUACAAAAAAAUAAAAAAUGUGUGGCCUAUAAAUUCCGGUUGGUGGUUAAGGCUGAUGGCACCCAGGAAGCCAACAAUGGUUGCCGUAAAGUAAAAAUAACUCCUUGUUCUGCUGCUCUGUCAAAGGAUCCAUCCAUCAAAAGCAUGGAUCCAAAUAUAAAUAACCAAAUCACCAAAAGGAAACGGAUGGUUCUCAUAAAGGAACGCAAAGCAGCACAGACUUUAAGUGCCAUUCUUUUGGCUUUUAUCAUCACAUGGACUCCCUACAAUAUCAUGGUUUUGAUCUCCACAUUCUGCUCUGACUGUAUUCCCCUGACACUGUGGCACCUUGGAUAUUGGCUAUGCUAUGUGAACAGCACUGUUAAUCCCAUUUGUUACGCCCUCUGUAAUAAAACAUUCAGGAAAACUUUUAAGAUGCUGCUUUUCUGCCGGUGGAAAAAGAAAAAAGUGGAAGAGAAACUAUACUGGCAGGGCAAUACCAGACUGCCAUAA